UCCCUCCUUAAUGCAGACAACAUGGCGGACUAAAAGAUACGGCUGACCCGCCCGGAUACAGCGAAUAAACAGUGGGAUUCACGCCCCCUAUGCUCAAGGAAGACGGAGAGACACCAAUUUGUUAGAAACACCCUCGGGAACAUUGAGGAAUUUUUGGGACCGUUCUAGUCAUUCGUUAACAUAAACAUACUUGCGAUCUGUUGCCUCCAAAUUGGCGGUCUGUCCUAGAUCGUUCAUAUCACCCAGGCCCCCCACCCCACAUACACACUAUUGGUUCCUGGGGUGUGAAGACAGGGGCUGGGGUUAAGAACGUGAAAAAAAAGGAAGAAAGGAAUUGCACAACUGUAAAUAUUCAGGAUUGUGCACAACCAAACGGAAGUCGUGGACCACACUGUGCGAAUGAGUGAUUGAUGCCAAAUUCGCUCCUUAAGGGCAGUAUGGGUGUGUGUCCCCUGCUCCUGCUGCUCAGUGUGGCCCUCGGGGUCUCUGUCUCAGCCCAGGGACCAUCUCUCACCCCCGCAGAAGGUCCAGUCUCCACUGCCAAACCCACGGAUUCUCCAGCCACCACCCUCCACAAUGUUCCAGUGGCAACAACCACCACCCCUCCAACAGCCGCAACGACACUGACAACAACCAGCACCGCAGAGGGGAACAUAUUGACUGCAGGCCCCAGUGUCACCCAGGUGCCCAUUCCCCCUCCACCACCCCCUGGCCCCACCAUAGCCCCCCAAGUCCCCACGGGUGCAACCACUGCCCCGCAACCACCCCCUGCUCCGACCACGGUCAGUCGGGGUGGGGAGAAUGGGACCACACUCUCUGCUCCGGACAGUCACACAGAUCCCUCGCUGGAGACCACCAUAGAACCUACGGUGGAAGCCACGUCGCACGACACUACUAGUGACACUACAACAGGUGGUGGAGAAGACGGCACAGACCAAAAUACGCAAUCAGAUGACACGCCCAUCAUUGCGGUGAUGGUGGCUCUGUCAUCCCUGCUCGUCAUCGUCUUCAUCAUCAUCAUCCUCUAUAUGCUCAGGUUUAAGAAGUACAAGCAGGCCGGCAGCCAUUCCAACUCCUUCAGGCUGACCAACGGUAGAUCAGAUGAUACAGAGCUCCAGAGUGUGCCGCUAUUGGCCCGCUCGCCUAGCACCAACAGGAAGUACCCACCCCUUGUUGUUGACAAGCUGGAGGAGGAUAUGAAUCGUCGCAUGGCUGAUGACAACAAGCUCUUCCGGGAGGAGUUCAAUGCGCUGCCGGUGUGUCCCAUCCAGGCGUCAUGCGACGCGGCCUCUAAGGAGGAGAACAAGGAGAAGAAUCGAUACGUCAACAUCCUGCCAUAUGACCACUCCAGGGUGCAUCUGUCGUCUCUAGAGGGAGUUCCAGACUCUGACUUCAUCAAUGCGUCCUUCAUCAACGGUUACCAAGAGAAGAACAAGUUCAUUGCAGCUCAAGGGCCAAAGGAGGAGACGGUAAACGACUUCUGGAGAAUGAUCUGGGAACAGAACACCGCCACCAUCGUGAUGGUGACCAACUUGAAGGAGAGAAAAGAGAAAUCCAUACAGCGGCAAUCUCUCUGUGUGUCUCAGUGUAAGUGUGCCCAGUACUGGCCUGACCAGGGCUGCUGGACCUACGGCAACAUCCGGGUCUCUGUGGAAGACAUGAUGGUGCUGGUGGACUACACCAUCCGCAAGUUCUGCAUCCAACAGGUGGGGGAUGUGGGGGGUAAGAAGCCCCAGCGGCUGGUGACCCAGUUCCACUUCACCAGCUGGCCAGACUUUGGCGUUCCCUUCACACCCAUCGGCAUGCUUAAGUUCCUCAAGAAGGUCAAGACCUGCAACCCCCAGUACUCCGGCCCCAUCGUGGUCCACUGCAGUGCGGGGGUGGGGAGGACCGGUACCUUCAUAGUGAUUGACGCCAUGUUGGAUAUGAUGAACACCGAGAGGAAGGUGGACGUCUUUGGCUUCGUCACGCGCAUCAGAGCCCAGCGCUGCCAAAUGGUCCAGACCGACAUGCAAUACGUGUUCAUCUUCCAGGCCAUGCUGGAGCACUACCUGUAUGGAGACACAGAGCUGGAGGUGACCUCCCUGGAGUCCCACCUGGCUAAGCUCUACGCCCCCUCCGCCGCCGGCUGUGGGGGCAUGGAAGCAGAGUUCAAGAAGCUGACCUCCAUCAAGAUCCAGAACGACAAGAUGAGGACAGGCAACCUGCCGGCAAACAUGAAGAAGAACAGAGUUCUCCAGAUCAUCCCAUACGAGUUCAACAGAGUGAUCAAUCCAGUCAAGAGAGGGGAGGAGAGCACGGAUUAUGUCAACGCUUCCUUCAUUGAUGGCUACCGUCAGAAGGACUCGUACAUGGCCAGUCAGGGCCCGCUGCAGCACACCAUCGAAGACUUCUGGAGGAUGAUCUGGGAGUGGAGGAGCUGCUCCAUAGUCAUGCUCACUGAGCUGGAGGAGAGAGGACAGGAAAAGUGUGCUCAGUAUUGGCCCAGUGACGGGGUGAUGGUGUGUGGUGACCUCUCCAUCGAGCUGAAGAGGGAGGAGGAGAGUGAAAGCUACACUGUUAGAGACCUUCUGGUCACCAACAACCGGGAGAACAAGGCUCGCGCGGUGAGGCAGUUCCAUUUUCAUGGCUGGCCGGAGGUGGGCAUCCCCAGCGACGGAAAGGGGAUGAUCAACAUCAUCGCCGCGGUCCAGAAGCAGCAGCAACAAUCUGGCAACCACCCCAUCACUGUCCACUGCAGUGCGGGCGCGGGGCGGACGGGGACCUUCUGUGCCCUGAGCACGGUCCUGGAGCGGGUGAAGGCUGAGGCCAUCCUGGAUGUCUUUCAGACUGUCAAGAGCCUCCGGCUGCAAAGGCCCCACAUGGUGCAGACACUGGAGCAGUACGAGUUCUGCUACAAAGUGGUCCAGGAGUAUAUCGAUGCCUUUUCUGACUACGCCAACUUCAAGUAGGGACCCACACAGGGGACGGAUAAUCCGUACACAGUCAUAAACACACACCAAACCCACACGUACCGGACGGAAAGAAAACUAACUGUUCACGGCUUAGAUGACUGGGCAGCCUGCGUGCACAGAGGAAAAGGGAAUUGAAGUUUUGUGACGGAGCCAAGUGCAGCGCUGCAGUGUACCGGAGGGAGUGAAUAUCAGAGAUGCCUUCUUGAAUAUUUUGUAAUAUUGAGCUUGUUAAUACGGGCCCCUUGUCCCUAUCCCCCCCCCCCCACAUCUAUCCCCCCACAUCGACACUCCCCAAUCCACCCAAUGUACAUAUACUGUACUUACCCUGUCACAUCUCGGGGUUUUGUUUUUAGGUCAAGUUUAAGUUUGGCUGCAUUUUUAGGGUGACAUAAUGUGUUUUAUGGGUAUGUGUGUGUACAUAGACCGUGCCAGUCAAAGGUUUGGACACACUUACUCAUUCAAGGGUUUUUCUUUAUUUGUUCUUUAUUUUCUACAUUGUAGAAUAAUAGUGAAGACACAAACUAUGAAGUAACACAUAUGAAAUCGUGUAGUAACCAAAAAAGUGUGAAACAAAUCAAAAUAUAUGGUAUAUUUGAGAUUCUUCAAAGUAGCCAUCCUUUACCUUGAUGACAGCUUUGCAAACUCUUGGUGUUGUUUUAACCUGGAAUGCUUUUCCAACAGUCUUGAAGGAGUUCCCACAUAUGCUGAGCACUUGUUGGCUGCUUUUCCUUCACUCUGCGGUCCAACUCCUCCCAAACCAUCUCAAUUGGGUUGAGGUCAGGUGAUUGUGGAGGCCAGGUCAUCUGAUGCAGCACUCCAUCACUCUCAUUCUUGGUCAAAUAGCCCUUACACAGCCUGGAGGUGUGUGAGGUCAUUGUCCUAGUUGAAAAACAAAUGAUGGACUCACUAAGCGCAAACCAGAUGAGAUGGCGUAUCACUGCAGAAUGCUGGUUACGCGUGCCUUGUAUUCUAAAUAAAUCACUGACAGUGUCACCAGCAAAGCACCAUCACACCACCUCCUCCAUGCUUCAUGGUGGGAACCAUACAUGCAGAGAUCAUCCGUUCACCUACUCUGCGUCUCACAAAGACACGGCGGUUGGAACCAAAAAUCUCAACUUUGGACUCAUCAGACCAAGGGACAAAUUUCCACCGGUCCAAUGUCCAUUGCUCGUGUUUCUUGACCCAAGCAAGUCUCUUCUUCUUAUUGGUGUCCUUUAGUAGUGGAUUCUUUGCAGCAAUUCGACCAUGACGGCCUGAUUCGUGCAGUCUCCUCUGAAGAGUUGAUGUUAUGAUGUGUCUGUUACAUGAACUCUGAAGCAUUUACUAUUGCUGCAAUCUGAGGCUUGUAACUCUAAUAAACAUAUCCUCUGCAGCAGAGGUAACUGGGUUUUCCUUUCCUGUGGCGGUCCUCAUGAGAGCCUGUUUUGCCAUAGCGCUUGAUGGAUUUUGCAACUGCACUUGAAAACUUUCAAAGUUCUAGAAAUGUUCUGGAUUUCCUGACCUUCGUGUCUAUCAUUUCUCUUUGCUUAUUUUAGCUGUUCUUGUCCUGAUAUGGACUUGGUCUUUUGUCAAAUAGGGCUAUCUUCUGUAUACCACACUUACCUUGUCACAACACAACUGAUUAGCUCAAAUGCAUUAAGAAGGAAAGAAAUUCCACAAAUUAACUUGACAUGUCACACCUGUUAAUUGAAAUGCAUACCAGGUGACUACAUCAUGAAGGUGGUUGAGAGAAUGCCAGGUGUGUGCAAAGCUGUCAAUGCAAAGGGUGGCUACUUUGAAGAAUCUAAAAUAUGAAAUAGAUUUUGAUUUGUUAAACACUUUUUCUGGUUACUACAUGAUUCCAUAUGUGUUAUUUCAUAGUUUUGACGGUUUCACUAUUUUUCUACAAUGUAGAAAAUAGUCAAAAUCAAGAAAAACCCUUGAAUGAGUAGGUGUGUCCGAACUUUUGACUGGUACUGUAUAUAAAUGGUAUUCUUUAGAGGUGUAUGUCAAAUCGAGAGUCGAGGAAAUGGUGUUUGGGUUUUCUUUGUUCUCUUUUUUUUUUGCGGUUGAGUGACUUGAGACUUAUGUUGUUGAUGGCUAUAUCUGAUUCAGGCUGAAGCUAAAAGCUGAUAGAUCUUCCUUAGAGGAAUGGAUUUACACAGCCAAUCAGAAUUAAUCUGUGCAUAUGCGCACGCACACACACACACACAAACACGUUACAGCUGGCCAGGAGCACUUCCAGAAUUGGCCUAGCCAAUCACAUGAUCUAAACUCUUUCCACUAGUUUUCCUUUGAGUUCAAAGUUCACAGUUCACACAGAGGUCAAGGAGCCAUGGCAUUAGCUAAAUCCACCGUUACACAAGAGCAUAGCAUCACACAGCCAAUGAUUUCUCAGGGCACAAACACACGGUAUGUGUGUGUUUUAAAAGGGAGCCAUGUGCCAAACAGUCUCUUCAGAUGAAGGGUGAAGUUGCACCUAGAUGCUGUUCUUGGGUCAGUUUUGCGUUUCCCCCAUUCAUAUAGUUAAGCAUAGGAUUUGGGGAGGGCGAGCUGAUCCCAGAUCUAAACCUAGGGGCCACUUUUCCUCCAAGGAGCGUGUCUCCAUCUGCGAGCCAGGCCGUCACAAGCCACAUCUCUCACACACAGUCCAAGACUUUGUGGCUUUGCUGCGUUUGUGUUCAAGGACAUAGAAAACAAUGUAGUUUAGGUGUACCUGCACAUGCUUGCCGUCACAGUGGAUUCUGUGUGUGUAGAACGUUUAUGGAAUUUGAAGUUGCCCAUACCGAAAAUAAAUUGAAUAUCAAACGUCAAAUAUAUUUAAAUGUAAUGGGCCUGUUGAAGAUUAGGCCAACAAUGCAUUCAAAAUAGCCUAUGCAUAAUGAUAAUGAGUAGGAGGCCCGACUGUUGCCAUAAUACAAUUAUUAUUUCAGAAUUUCCAUUUAGAAAACUACACAGAUUAUGGGUCAAAUAAAAUAACCACGCAAUUACUGUGCAUUUCCUAUCAUUUUGUAAUGUCAUGGAGAUUCUCAUGUAUUCAUAUAUUGAAUAGCUUACAAUUAGAAUGGGGGAAGACAUUUCCUAUCUAUUAUUUACGUAUCAUUCCAUUUACUUGUACUCCAUUGCAGAUAUUUAUUUUCGGUAUAGGUUGUUUGAGAAGAUGGCGUCAAAAUGUGAAGACAUCCCUCUCUGUUUUUCAACUGGGGCCUGUUCAGGAUGAUGAAAUGUUAUAGAAUGUUCCGAUAGAAAUGUGUUGUGUAGAACAUGUUUGUUUGUCAUAUGUAAUGGAGAUUUGUCAGCUCUAUUCAAUAUAUUUCUAUCUGCAACAUUUAGAACGUUUCACCAUCUGUUGUGGCACCUCAAUACUGUGCUGUUAGUGUUUUUAUGACUAAUACUGAGCAAUGUUUUAUACUUUAAUGCUGUUGCUUUGAUACUCCCACCCCAAAGGAUUGCAUUGUUACUUUUAUUGUUGAAACAUGUGACAUGGAAUGUUUGCAGUGAUUUUAAUUGUUUUCCUUUUUUCAUUCAAAAUGGCUACCUACAAGGGCAGCUUGACUAGAAACACACGCUCUGGGUUUGUGGAUGAGGCCGUCGUCUUUAGUUGCGAUUGUAAUGAAAUAUAAAUGAUGUCAGUUAGCUAGCAACAAGUUCGAGGUCAAUUCCAUCUCAUCUCAGUCAACUCAGGAAAUUACUUGAAAUUGCCAGUUGUUGGGGGGGGGGUUCUCGUACAUGUUCUCUCAAUGUAUGAAUAGAAUUUCAAUUUGUCUACUUAGUUGGUUGAGUGCAAAUGGAAUUGCCCCUGGUCCAUUAGCCAAUCAUAGCUACCAAUUGGCCCCAAAGGAUUGUAGUAAACAGUAAUAGUGUGUAGAGUGCAGGUCAUAUGAUUCCCACCCCCUUCCCAUGAACCAAGGUGUCAACCCUGGUAUGAGUGAAUGGGGUGUAACCGAUUUUUGAGGUUUUUAGCUGCCAUUUUGAUGCUAGUUUCUCCAAUGGUCUGUGGAGUUGACAGGUGUGCUAGAAAGCCAUGAAGAUCUGCCAAGCCUAGUCGAUACCAAACUCAUUCUCUUAUAUGCAGAUGGCUCUAUUUGUCCCAUCAUAGAGGUUCAGCAUCGUUUUUGUCAUUAGGAUAGCCAGCAGUGUGUAGACAAACGCUUGCACCGCGCACAACCCCCACUGUUCAGUAUUUGGAAUAGAUCGGUUUGACUUCUCCCUUUUUAAUAUAUUUUUAUAGAGCAGAAAGGAAGGAGCACAAUCCAACUCUGUCAAUGUGUUCGGAUCAUUGAAUUUGACAAGAGUCCCUAAAAAUUCUGCACACAAAAAAACGCACCAUUUAUUGAGAAAUUGUUGGGUUGUUGUUGAUUGUUCAAAAAGCUUCUGCUAGUUGCACCAAAAACAAAAAGCCCUUGAUAUGACUGAACCAAUGAUACAAUGGCCAGAUGGGUAACAUGGCCCUUUAGAUAGGAAAUUACUUGAUGUCAACUAGGGUUGCAAUUGUUGAUUUUAUUAUCCUGUUUUAAAAGAAUUCCAGUUUGGAGGAUCUUUAUUCCCUUCUGAUUCCAGAAAUCCUCCAAUACUUUUUUGGGGGGAAAUUUUUGAGGAAUUUUGCAACCCUAAUGUCAACAUUGGAGAGGCCUUAUAAAAGCCUCUGGUUAUGGCCUCUAGUUAGGCCUCUAGUUCUGACUGGGAAACCAAGGUUAAACCAUGAGACAUAAAUAGCUCGGUAGAGAACUUCAAACUGGAUGUCUCAUUUGGACCAGUCACUUCAACUGUCACUGUCAUUUCAGACCCCGUUCUACCCAAGUGCCCGUGGGUUACAAUUGGUUACCUUUUUGUUUUACUUCAUGGGUGUGUUGGAUAUUUGUGGUCAUCAGGGUGGGUGUUUGUGUGCUCCACGAGGAGGGAGGGUUUUACUCUUCUUUUGAGCCCGAAGGUUUGCGGUUCUAGCUACCUUGGUUCCAUGCAAUGGUUCUGUCUGUCAUUGGCUGUGUCUGAAUGUUUAGCCAAAUGUAAUAAUCCCUUUUUCCCAAUGACAUUGUGCCAACCCCUAACCCUGUUGACCUAGAGCUUCACAGGUGGAAAGUGCCUCACAUGUUGAUUUUAUAUGGUAAAUGUUGACUGCACCUCUCCCUCAGUGAGUUGGUUAAGUGUUUGUGUAUAGAAGCUUGGUAAACCAGUAUCACCUUACAGAUUAGUACAUAUAUUUACCCCCUUCCCACUAUCUCUUGAGCCAUCGUAUAGAACUCUGUCGACCCAAAGCACCUGUGUACAAAGCCCGAGCUGCCUCUUGGCUUUGUAACUCUUGAGACUAAGAUCAGGGCCUUUUUUAUUUUUCUGUUCAUGCUCAACCAGCUUCCAGCUGACGAGGUAGAAAUCUGUCGCUCUGUCCCCGGAGCAAGUCAGUUAACCCACUUCCCCCGGCACUGACGUCGUGGAUGUCGAUUUAUUAAGGCAGCCCUCUGCACCUCUCGGAUUCGGAGAGGUUGGGUUAAAUGCGGAAGACCCAUUUCAGUUGAAUACAUUUAGUUGGACAACGGACUAGGUUUCCCCCUUUCCAUUUCAUGCUGUAACCCCGGGUUCCAUUCCAAUUCAAACCCAUUGUUUUGUGUUCCAGCUACGUCUUCACUCCAUGUCACUGAAGUGCUGGACCUUUGGACUAUUCCUUCUUUAUGGCCCCUCGUUGAGUCCUCCACCUAACCAAAUAUAGUUGGUAUAAUACAUUGCCCUGAGUUACUGCAAUCACAAAUACAUAGUUUACUGGUUAUUACAGAGGACAGCUUAGCGUGUCUGGGUCCUUCUUCCAUACCGUCUGCUAGCUGCAGAUUGAAAUGUGACGCAAUGCCCCAGUAGAGCAUUUUGAAUAUCCCUGUCUGAGUUACAGGGCACACCUUUCUCCAGAGACGGUGAACGAUAUCGAAACAGACUGGAGGAGUGGGACUUCAUAGGUUUCAACCAGUCUCUCCCCCACCCCUAAACCUGUAUAUCCCCCACCCCUAAACCUGUCUCUCCUCUGAGCCCAUUUACCUGUCCCCUUUUGAGAUGCCCAAAGUUGUCUCCUAUCCUAUCCUCUUUCUCCUUCCGCCUCUGCCUCGUUCUCUUUGCCCCUUGGGCCGGUUUUGUCUCCCUUAUAACCGGUCACUGUCCCACUCCCUUCUGUACAUAAUGUAGGGUUAUUUAUAUUUCAUUCCUGUCUGCUGCCUUGCUUUUUAUUUUAUUUUCAAUUUUUUAAAGAAUCUAUAUUAAAACUGUACUGGGACCAUUUUGAAAUGUAUUUGAUGUUUUUUGUUUUGGCUAUUUUUAAUUUGUAUUAUUAUUAUUGUCUUAAAUCAUUUUUAAUUUGCGUUUGUUUCAUUUUAUAGUGUUUUGUUAUUCAAAAAUUUGAAUAUAUAUGUAUAUAUAAUUAUAUAUAUGAUAAAAUUAUAUAUAAUUAUAUAAUGCCAAAUGGCCUUUCAAAGCAAGAUACUGUUCAAACCUAAAUAAAGUGCUUGAGAUUGUU